CUCUCAUUGUCCUCCAUAAUGUGUAGAUUUAAUAACCAUUCACAAAACAUCCACCGGACAACCUUACCCUUUUCACACUUCUACCAGCCUCUGAUAAGCCCAUAACAACUAAAUCAACCACAUGUCAUCAUGGAUUCGUCUCGAAUCUUCGUAAAAGGUCUGCCACCAAAUCUCAACGAGGCCGACUUGCGCAAGCACUUCGCAUCGAAAGGUCAUAUCACAGACGUCAAGCUGAUACCCCAUCGAAGGAUUGGAUAUGUUGGCUACAAGGACUCGCGGGAGGCUUCUGCUGCAGUCAAAUAUUUCAAUCGCACCUUCGUGCGGAUGUCCAAGAUAACCGUCGAAUUAGCAAAACCUAUCGCAGAUCCAUCGUUGUCCAAGGCCAAAGAAAGAAGAAGUGGACUAAAGGCUAGCACGGAGAUAUCCCGGGCUACCAAACAGUCUUCGGAAUCGGAAGUAACCACUGACAAUGCAAAGAAGAGGAAGCGGGAUGCCCUCGACGAAUCGGACCCCAAACUACAAGAGUACUUGAAUGUUAUGCAACCCGCGAAGGCUUCUGCAAGCACAAUACAUGGAAUAGGCGCGGAACCCACAGACGAGCCUCCUGCAAAAUAUGCAGCGCUUGCUGUCGACGAGGGAGGGUCAGACGAUGAGUACGAGGUCGUACCAAGCCGGCGAAAGAAAAGCCAAACCUCAGAGAGCAUGAACCAGUCAAAAAGUGUGGUGGACGGUGUGGAUAAUCAACCCCAUGAGGAAGCUGAGGAGGCUGAGGAUCCUCCCAUAGAACAAACGUUGCCAGACGCACCUAUCUCUACCGAAGCCGCGACUCAUGUACCUGCUGCCACGGAUGACGACUGGUUAAGGUUACGGACAAAUAGGUUGCUUGAUUUGGUUGAUGAUGAAGAUGUCGUGCCUACAGCCGCGUCCUCAGCGAACCCAUCAUCCAAAUCACCAAACCAAGAGCAAGAACAGCCCGAGGUUAUCGAUGCAACUGUGGACGAAGAUCGAGAUAUGGAUGAUCGAAGUCAGCAUUCGGAACCAGAUGAGCCCAUUGCAGAAUCAAAAGACGACGAUAUCGAUACUGUCCGCAAGACGAAAAGAUUAUUCGCCCGAAAUCUACCCUAUUCAGCCACCGAGGAUGAUCUCAGAUCGUACUUUGAGCGAUACGGUGUCGUUGAAGAGGUACACGUGCCAAUGAAAGACUCUAGCAAUAAUCGGGGAAUCGGCUUUGUUUUAUUUGCUAGUCCAGACGAUGCAACAAAAGCAUUCCAAGCAGAUCGAUCUUCCUUUCAGGGGAGGAUCCUUCACGUUUUACCAGCUUCGGCGAAACGUGAUCAUAAUCUGGACGAGUUCGCACUGUCUAAGUUGCCAUUGAAGCAGCAGAAUCUCAUCAAGAAAAGAGCCAAGGCGGCGGAGUCCAGAUUCAACUGGAACUCGCUCUACAUGAGUCAGGAUGCCGUGAAUGCAUCGGUUGCUGAUCGUUUAGGGAUUUCCAAGGCAGAAUUGCUCGAUCCUACCAAUUCUGAUGCGGCCGUGAAGCAAGCGAUCGCCGAAACCUCGACGAUUCAAGACACAAAAGCCUAUUUAGUAGCCAAUGGCGUUGAUCUAAAUGCUUUCAAGUCAGGUCCGCGAGGUGAUACAGCUAUCUUAGUGAAAAACUUCCCUUACGGCACUUCGAUUGAGGAGAUCAGGGCGCUCUUUGAAGAGCACGGGCAGGUGCUCAAAGUGCUCAUGCCACCCACGGGGACAAUCGCCAUUGUUCAGUUUGCGCAAGGUCCUCAGGCUAAGACGGCUUUCACAAAGUUGGCAUACCGCCGAUUCAAGGAAUCCAUAUUGUUUCUCGAGAAGGCACCAAAGAACUUAUUCGUUGGUACGGAGCAGCAAAAUGAUGCGUCCCAAACUAGCAAGGAGUCUAGUGGCGUACAGAAGUUAUCUGCGUCAGAGCUGCUAGAACAAGACAGCCAAGAACCGGUCGAGUCGACCUCGUUAUUUGUGAAGAACCUCCAUUGGGAUACUACUACCCAGGAACUUGCAGAUGAAUUCAAGCAUCUCGAGGGAUUCAGAUCUGCUCAAGUGAAGACUAAAAAAGAUCCCAAGAAACCCGGCCAAGUGUUGAGUAUGGGAUUUGGAUUCGUCUCGUUUGCCGACAAGAGAGCUGCUGAAGCGGCUCUGAAGGUCAUGGACGGCCAUUCUCUCAGGGCACACAAACUUCAAGUCAGGGCUUCGCAUCGUGGACGCGACGCUGCUGAAGAACGGAGACAAGAGGACAAUGCGAAGAAGGCCGCGAACCAAAGGACGAAGAUCGUAAUUAAGAACGUCCCCUUCCAAACUAACAAGCAUGAUAUUCGGACACUUCUAAGCACGUACGGACAGCUCAAAUCAGUCCGCAUACCCAAAAAGUUCAAUGCGACUAGUAAAGGUUUUGCUUUCGCAGAGUUUGUCUCUCCAAAGGAGGCAGAGUCUGCGAUGCUAGCCUUACAAGACACCCAUUUAUUGGGACGAAGACUUAUCCUUGAAUACGCAGAAGCAGAAGCAAUUGAUCCAGAAGAGGAAAUCGCAAAGAUGCAGAAGAAGGUGGGCGGCCAAGCUAGCAGAAUGGCCCUGCAACAGCUCACAGGGGGAGGUCGCAAAAAGGUUAAUCUAGGAGGGGAUGAGGACGAAGGGGAGAUCUAACGAGUAAUUAAUGUCUAUACUUCUGGCUCCGUGCCUGACUAUGCUACUGAAGGAGUGUAGCGAUUGCCACGUUGGGAGCUAGGGGGUGGUGGUUCGUUGCGUUAUCCCUUGUUAAGGAGAGGGCUGC